AUGCCAAUAGCUACACACCCAAAAUUCUUGAUUCUCAACCAAUGCAAGACUCUCCAACAGCUAAAACAGGCCCACGCCCAAACCAUCACACAAGGACUCAUUUCCCUCAAUCCUUCGUUCGUACUUGCCAAAAUCCUCUACUCUUUAACGGUCCUCAACGCUCCAUCAUCACCGUCCAUUCACUAUGCCAACUCCAUCUUCCAUCAAAUCCCAACCCCAUCCACCUUCGCUUACAAUAACAUCAUCCGAGCCCACACCCUCCUCUCCUCCCCACAAUCCGCACUCCUCCUGUUUGUUGAAAUGCGUCGCCGUUGUCUGCCACCUGACUUUCACACCUACCCCUUUGUGCUCAAAACGUGCGCCCGCCUCGCCACGCCCUCGACCGCACGUUCCGUCCACUCCCAAGCGUUGAAAUUCGGCUUCGGCGACCACAUUUAUGUGACGAACGCAUUGAUCCACGCCUACUCGGACUCGGAUUUGAUGGACGAGGCAAGCCAGGUGUUCAACGAGGCCCGGCAGCGGGACAUCGUGUCUUAUAACACAUUAAUCGCGGGGUACGUUAAGGCCCGCGAUAUGGACAUUGCACGUGCAAUAUUCGAUGAAAUGCCCGUUAGAGAUUCUGUUUCGUGGGGCACCCUCCUGGUGGGGUACACCCAAGUGGGCCGCUGCAACGAAGGGAUACAACUAUUUGAUGAAAUGCUCGAUCUGGGGGUGCGCCCUGACAAUGUUGCAUUAGUUGGUGCGAUCUCUGCGUGCGCACAGUUGGGCAUGUUAGAUAAGGGAAUGGCCAUCCAUGAUUACAUCAGACAGACUGGAAUCCUCCUCAAUGUGUUCCUGUCCACGGGCCUAGUCGACAUGUAUGCGAAAUGUGGGUGCAUUGGCAUUGCAAUGGACAUCUUCGAAUCGAGCCAUGACAAGAAUAUCUUCACGUGGAAUGCCAUGAUCACUGGUCUGGCCAUGCACGGGCACGGCCAGCGGUCACUUGAACUCUUCAUAAAAAUGCAGGAUGUGGGGAUCAGGCCAGAUGGGGUCACGUUCUUAGCUGUUUUGGUGGGGUGUAGCCACGCGGGCCUGGUCGAACAUGCGCGGCAGUUGUUCGAUGAGAUGGAAAGCAUUUACAAUGUUCGUCGUGGUCUAAGCCAUUAUGGGUGCAUGGCUGAUCUGCUUGGGCGGGCUGGGCUGAUCGAAGAAGCGGUAGAGAUGAUAGAGAGCAUGCCAAUGGAGGGUGAUGUGUAUGUGUGGGGGGGUCUGCUAGGGGGUUGCGGGAUACAUGGGAAUGUUGAGGUGGCUGAGAUUGCUGCUGGGCACUUGAUGGAACUGGCCCCUGAUGGUGGUGGGACCUACUCCAUCAUGGUUAACAUCUAUGCUAAGGCAAGGAGGUGGAAAGAUGUGGCUAGGAUGAGGAGGGGAGAGGUGGCACCCUCAGAUUGA